AUGUUUUUUUUUGUUGCAGUGGUCGUACAGGUGGAUGGCCGGCCAAUCAGGGUCGAACUGUGUGACACAGCUGGCGAGGAUGAACUGAACCCAUUGCGAAGUCUCUGCUAUCCAGGCACCGACGUCUUCAUGCUCUGUUUCUCACUGGUGCGUCCAACGUCAUUUUACUCGGCAUGCACACGGUGGGCCGAUGAAUUGCAACGUUUAGAGGCGGCAGUUGUUCUUGUCGGUACGCAAGCUGAUCUCCUGAAUAAUCCAGAUGUCCUGCAGAAAUUAAGGCGAUGUGGCGAAAUACCAAUUACAACGGAGCAAGCGGAAAACUUAGCGGAUCGCCUAAAUGCCCCGUAUGUUCAGACAUCUGCGAAAACCUGCAAUCAGCUGAAAGCUGCGUUUGACGAAGCCAUAAUUCUUGCUCUUAAGCGAAAAAAGAGAAGCUUAUGGAGACGGCUGUGUUGCUUGUAAUUACAUCCUUUCCGAGUAAUUAAGCAUACUUUGGGUGAUGUUUUAAAAAUACUGUUGUGACCAAUCAAAUUACGUUCUAGAUAUUUAUUACUGAUUGCUCAUGCUAGUAUGUGAUUAUUUAUGUUUUUAUAUGGAUACCCAUUAAGAAACGUUCUGAUUGCUCAUUGCCAGUGUCUAUUUUGCUGGCUUUUAGCACAAUUAAAUGUGACUUUGCUAGUUACUUUGUAUAGGCCUUUCAUGACAUUCCAAAAUUUUAGACUGGUCGAUACUUGACACACUGAUGUAUCCCUUAUGUAAUUCAUCUACUCUUCGGUGUUGUGAUUACAGUACCCUGCACAUCAUUUUGCAAUUUUAAACUGCUUUCAUAUAAUUGUUCUUAAUUAGGCGAGUAUGUGCGACUGAAUAGGAAAAUUCGUAAGAGUAGUUUUAAGUUUGUAAUCAUUGAUACUUCCAAUUAUUGUGAUAAAAUAUUUAUUAAGUAUUAACUGUGUUGUAUUUUAACCUGGCAUACGAGUGGAGUUGUGCGCAAGGAUUCUCUUUAGUUGUAUCAAGCACGAUGGAAACAAAAAAAACAUCCUAUACAUAUCAGUGUAUCCUAAAGUUUUGUAUGAUAAAAGAAGUGAUUAAUAAAUACUCAUAAGGUUAGAGUUCGUUAUUGUAAGAAGUUUGACUUGGACUGUUAUUUUUAGCACUGUUUCAAUAAUUUUUAUCUGUUAAGGAAAUUAUUGCCAUGUUUCACGCGUAAUAAUUUUAGAGAAAAUAAAGGAAACCUAAUUCUGUAAGACCUCUAGAUAUUAAGUAUCUAUCUAUAAUAAAUUAUGCUACACCACACAA